AUGUUGGGUAAAUCAAACAAUCCGAAGCCCAAAAAGUCUGCCAUUGGCGACGACCUGGCAGAACUCAUACCGAACGAUGGUGUAGCGUGGUACAGAAAGCGCCACCUUCUCCGCCUCAACUAUUACUGUCUUUGUAUGUGUCUUCUGGCGGCAGCAAACGGAUACGACGGCAGUAUGAUGAACGGUCUCAUGGCGCUACCGCAGUGGUUCAACUUCAUGAAUCAUCCCAAAGGCGCCUGGUUAGGAUUCAUCAACGCUAUUCAGGCUCUGUCCUCGACGCUGGCUUACCCGAUGGUGGCCUAUUUUGCGAAUCGUUGGGGUCGCAAGAAGGGCCUUUAUGUUGGAUACUUCUUCCUGGUACUUGGUGCUCUUCUACAAACCUUAACACCAAACGUUGCCGGCUUCGUCAUCAGUCGCUUUUUCUUGGGCCAGCCAAGUGCAUGGUGGGGUGGUCUUGCCCCCCUCCUCAUCACAGAGAUUGCAUAUCCUUCGCAUAGAGCUCUUCUGACGUCUUUGUACAACUGUGGAUGGUAUAUCGGAUCAACACUGGCUGCGUGGGCUACUUAUGGUACACGCAACUAUGCUUCCGACUGGGCGUGGCGGAUCCCUUCGCUCCUGCAGGUCGCUGUGCCCCUCGUCGUCCUCCCUGGCGUUCUGCUGAUCCCCGAAUCGCCUCGUUACCUCAUCUCCACAGGCCAGAUGAGCAAAGCCAAGGACAUUCUGACCGAGUUUCACGCUGGCGGAGAAGAGAACUCCCGUCUGGUCGACUUUGAAAUGGCGGAGGUCGCCAACGCCAUCGAAGCCGACAGCAACGCGGUCAGCAGCACAUCCUGGGCAGAGCUUUUCGCGACAAAAGGGAAUCGCCAUCGAGCCUUCAUCUCGGUGACGCUCGGCAUAUUCGCUCAGUGGAACGGCGUCGGCGUCGUAUCAUACUACCUUGCCCUCGUACUUCAGAGUGUUGGCAUUACAUCUGUGACGCAUCAGACACUUAUUAGUGGGUGCCUGCAGAUCUGGAACCUCUUUUUCGCCGUGCUAGCUGCUGUCAACGUAGACAGGGUUGGCCGUCGCCCGCUCUUCCUGCUAAGUUCAGGUGGCAUGCUGGUCAGCUACAUCAUUAUCUCGGGCUUGUCCGGCAGCUUUGCGCAGACGGGGACGAGCUCCGUCGGCCUGGCUGUCGUGCCAUUCCUCUACAUCUACUACGGAUUCUACGAUCUGGCCUUCACACCCCUCGUGGUCUCGUAUCCCGCAGAGAUCUGGCCGUACCAGCUUCGUGCCCGUGGCAUUGCCCUGACGCAAUUGUCGACCUACUUUGCCAUCUUUUUCAACAUUUUUGUCAACCCAAUUGCGCUGGAUGCUAUUGGGUGGAAAUAUUAUAUCGUUUUUGCUGUCAUUCUGGUUAUUGUCACAGUCACCGUCUACUUCUGUUACCCGGAGACAAAGGGCCACUCUCUGGAGGAGAUGUCCGUUAUCUUUGACGGCGUAGAGGCUGCCAUCAUAUCGGAGAAUGCCGUCAUGGUUAUCAAGGGAGCCGAUGUUGAUCACAAGGAAAUGGCCUGA